AUGCCCGACCCAGCAGACAAGCUCCACCCUUUCCUCCUAGAACACUGCUUCUCCUACCUCCCUCUCCCAGACCUAGUCUCAGCCUUCAUUGUCUCCCCGAAAUGCAGAGUGGCGUGCUCCCCGACCGCAGCACCGAGCGGAAAGCUGUGGAAGGCCGCGUUCCUCCGUGACGCAGACUAUGAGCACGGUGACCUCCGGCUCGUGGAGCACCUCGAGCGCGGGCGGAAGGAGUACCUCGAGUAUCACGCACAGUGGGGGACCACAGCUGAGAACUCGGCUGCGUCUGGCAACUCGAGCGACGAGGAGGACGACUGUGACAAGCCAUCAGACUACGAUCCCGACGAGUAUCGCGUCCACGUCACGCGUGACGAAAUCGCCGAUGAGUGGCGCCGUUUGUGUCUCCACUACGAUGACCGCGGCAGGCUUGUCGAGUUCGGGCGACUCAAGGUGCACUGGUCGCCUCAUAUCUUCUAUGACAAGGAGCUCGAACUUGUCACCAUUGACAGCGAAAAUGACAGCGUCAUCCUCCUCCCCACGCCCUGGUACGGCAGCCAUGGCGGGCCGCGACUGUACUCGUUCGACCGGCAGACACUCGCCAUCAACACGUACAAGUACGGCAACGUGGCUAUCCCAAUGGACUAUGACGAUGUGCCAAUGCCUCUCGAGGCUGGGCAUGUUCCUCUUCCCGUGGCCACACACUACAGGAUCCACGACGACCGGAACGUCGGCCUCCAGAUCCACCGUUUUCGCAAUAACGGUUCCACGCGCUGGGUAGAACUGUUCCUUCGCCCCGGUCCCAUCAGAGCCAACGACAUCAUCCUCGACGAAAUCGGCGACAUCCCUGGAGGGGCACUAAAGGAGUCGCGCUACCCGUUCUUCCCCAUCAAAGGCUUCUACCCUUACAUAGCCAUCAACCUUGAUGGCACUGGUCAGGGUUUCGAUGUGUUCCAAGUGUAUACGAGUCGCUUCACGGACGGUACCGUUGGCCUCUGGGUUCGCGCUGGCGACCAGAUACACGGUGUUGCACGGAGCCAGGGAGUUUUUCUGCCCCCUAAGCCCAUGGUGAGACAGAUGCGCCCAUCUAAGAACGACGGCUGA